CUUGCGCUUUACUUUCGGGAAUAGACCCUCGCUUGACAGGAAAGGUGUACAGAUGUACACAGCCUGAGCCCUUGGCUAUGUAAAGAGAUCAUCUAACUCGCGUCAGUGUUACUGGAAUAUAUUAAAAAGAGUUUCUGUCCGGCCAUACUUGGAAAGCAGAUCCAGUCCGUGUUACAGCACGAAAGGUUUCUGGGGAUGUUGUAAAAGUUGCCCAUGGACAAAACGACACGGAAGUGCUAGCUAGCUAGGCUGCUAACUGGCUUGAGUCUGUAUUUCGGGACAAACUGGGAUGGACCUGGGCAGGCUGUGUCGGAAAAUGAGGAUGAGCAAAAAGGGCGACGCCACCUCCUCUGUCCCGAAGAGAGGUUUGGAGGUCCAGUUCUAUCUGCCGAUCAGGCAGCUGCACGUCCUGAAGGACACCCGCACAGCGGAGGAUCUGUGCAUACAGGCAGCCAGGGAGUGCAACAUUUCUCCUCUUUGUCACAACCUGUUUGCCCUCUACAAUGAGACUGAAGAUAUCUGGUACCCGCCGAAUCACACGUUCCACAUCGAUGAGGGAGUCUGCAUGAAGCUGCAUUACCGCAUGAGGUUCUACUUCACCAACUGGCAUGGCACAAAUGAGAACGAGUCUCCAGUGUGGAGACACUCCCUCAGCAGGCAGAGAAACGGUUCGCAGCGGGGCCCUGAGGGUACCCCGCUUUUAGAUGCCCCCUCCCUGGAGUACCUGUUCGCACAGGGUCAGCAUGACUUCUUGAAAGGUUGGGCCCCGGUACGCAGCCCACAAAGUGAGGGGGAGAUUCACGAAAUUGAGAAUGAAUGUCUGGGAAUGGCUGUGCUGGCCAUCUCGCACUGUGACAUCAACAGACAGCACCCCCUGCCCGGGACAUCCAGAGAGAUCAGCUAUAAGAAACACAUACCGGAAAGCCUGAACAGAGCCAUCAAGCAGCGCAACUUCCUUACCAGAGUCCGCAUCAACAACGUCUUCAAGAACUUCCUCAAUGAGUUCAACAGCAAGACCAUCCAGGACAGCAAUGUGACCGCGCACGACCUGAAGGUCAAGUACCUGUCCACCCUGGAGACCCUGACCAAGAACUUCGGCUGCGAGCUCUACGAGCCCCGGGUGCUGCUGAUCUCCUCCGAGAGCCAGAGCUUGCUGGAGUACACCUACGACGAAAUGAACCCCCUGGUGUACGAGGUGCAAGUUUCUGGAAACAGUGGGAUCUCGUGGCGCAAGAAGCCGGCUGAUAACGUGCCAAUGACAGGCAAUAACGGCUGGGAGCUGUUUUCUGACUUCCACGAGAUCACACACAUCGUCAUUAGGGACUAUGCCGUCACCGUCUACAAACAGGACAAUAAAAAGAUGGAACUGCACCUGGACACCGGAGCCAGGGCGCAGGCCUUCGCCGCCCUGGUGGACGGGUACUUCAGGCUGACGGUGGACGCGCAUCACUUCUUGUGCACGGACGUGGCGCCGGCCUCGGUGGUGCAGAACCUGCAGAACGGCUGCCACGGCCCCAUCUGCACGGACUACGCCACCCAAAAACUGCGGCAGGAGGGUAACGAGGAGGGCGUAUACGUGCUGCGCUGGAGCUGCACUGACUACGGCCAUAUCCUCAUGACUGUCACCUGCAAAGAGGACGACCCUGUUGAAUCCAGACAGAAGUGGCAGCAUAAGAACUUCCAGAUCGAGGUGACGGCGAAUGGGUGGCAGCUUUGCGGGACAGACAGCUUCUGGCCCUCCCUGAAAGAGCUGAUGACGAACCUGUCCGGGCAGGUCCUGCGCACCGACAACGUCAGCUUCCACCUGAAGAGGUGCUGCCCGCCCCAGCCUCGAGAGAUCUCCAACCUGCUGGUGGUGACAAGAAACAGAGUUCCCGAGUCCCAUAAUCCCAUGCAAGACUGUCAGCUCAGCUUUCACAAGAUUGACAACGAGGAGAUAGUCCAGGACGAGCACCUGGGCACGGGGACCAAAACCGACAUCUACUUGGGCUGGCUUAAGAUGAAGACCGAGGAGGACGGUGGAUCGCAGGAGGUGAAGGUGGUGCUGAAGGUUCUGAAGCCCAGCCACAGAGACACGUCCCUGGCCUUCUUCGAGACGGCCAGCAUGAUGCGGCAGGUCUCCCACAAGCACAUCGUUCUGCUUUACGGCAUCUGUGUCCGCAACCUGGAGAACAUCAUGGUGGAGGAGUAUGUGGAGCAAGGCCCACUCGACGUCUUCCUGCACAGGAAGCGUACUUUACUGGCCACCCCGUGGAAGUUCCAAGUGGCCAAGCAGCUGGCCAGCGCCCUCAGCUACCUGGAGGAUAAGAAGCUGGUCCACGGGUACGUUUGUGCCAAGAACAUCCUGCUGGCACGGGACGGCCUGGAGAAGAAGGGUGGCCCCUUCAUCAAGCUGAGCGACCCGGGCAUCCCCGUCACCGUGCUCUGCAGAGGGGAGUGCGUGGAGAGGAUCCCGUGGAUCGCCCCGGAAUGCGUCAAGAACACGAAGGACCUGAGCGUGGCGGCCGACAAGUGGGGCUUCGGCACCACGCUGUGGGAGAUCUGCUACGACGGCGAGGUGCCCCUCAGAGACAGGACGCUGCCAGAGAAGGAGCAGUUCUACGCGGCCCGCGGCAUGCUGCCGACUCCGGAGUGUGAGGAGCUGGCCAGCCUGAUGACGCACUGCAUGAACUAUGACCCCCGCAAGAGGCCCUUCUUCAGAGCCAUCGUCAGGGACAUCAACAUGCUGGAGGAGCAAAACCCUUCCAUCAAGCCAGUACCUACCCAGGAGAUAGACCCUACCAUAUUUGAGAAGAGAUUCCUGAAGAAGGUUCGGGAUCUGGGAGAGGGUCACUUUGGGAAGGUGGAGCUCUGCAGAUACGACCCCUGGGGCGACCGCACCGGUGAGCUGGUGGCCGUUAAGUCUCUGAAGCCGGAGAAUAGGGAGGAGCAGAGCAGUAACCUGUGGUGCGAGAUCGACAUCCUGAAGAAGCUGUACCACGAGAACAUUGUCAAGUACAAAGGCAUCUGCACCGAGGAGGGAGGAAGAGCCAUCAAGCUGAUUAUGGAGUUCCUGCCGGCCGGCAGCCUGAAGGAGUACCUACCCAAGUACAAGGCCCAGACUGACCUGAAGAUGCUUCUAAUGUACGCUGUUCAGAUAUGCAAGGGAAUGGAUUACCUCGGAUCCCAGAACUACAUCCACCGGGACCUGGCGGCUCGGAACGUUCUGGUGGAGAACCCGAAUACAGUCAAGAUCGGCGACUUCGGCCUGACCAAGAGCAUCAAGGACAACGAGUGUUACUAUAAAGUGAAGGACGAUCUGGACAGCCCUGUGUUCUGGUAUGCCCCCGAGUGCCUGGUCCAGUGCAAGUUCUACAUAGCGUCGGAUGUGUGGUCCUUCGGAGUGACCCUGUACGAACUGCUGACCUACUGCGAGACGGACUGCAGCCCCAUGGCGGAGUUCCUGAAGAAGAUUGGAUCCACCCAUGGCCAGAUGACCGUGACCAAGCUGGUGAAUAUCCUGCAGCAGGGCUGGAGGCUGCCCUGUCCAGAGAACUGCCCGCAGAAGGUCUAUGCUGUGAUGAGCAAGUGCUGGGAGAACUCCCCGCAGAAGAGGAUCGACUUCAAAGGGCUGAUCGCGGCUUUCCAGCAGAUGCUGUCGGAGAGGCCGUGAUCACGAGAACCUGCCUUAAAGACAUUCCAAUCAAUGAAAGUGACCGCCGGACAUAUGAACCUUUAAUUCAGCACUUAAUUGUAAAUAUAUCUAAGUAAACAUUUAUUGUUGUGUCGCGUUUCCUGCAUGAUUACCACUGGCAUUAAGUUUUCAUUCUGCUUAGUUUUUGUUCUGUCAGCCAUUUAAUCCGUCAAUAAAUGAAGAUAUAUUUGUAUGACAUAUUCCCAGAGGCUGUAAAUCAAAGAAUAACAUAAAGCUGAAGACAGACCGUCCUCACGCAUGUGCAGUGAUUUCAUUACCCUAGGAGACGAGGCACAGCGCUUAUGAAUCCGUGCGCCGGAGGCCCGCAGGAUGACGUGUAUGUACACAGCCCAUGCUGUGAGCCGGCAGUCAUAUUCACACACAUGCUCAUGAGUGAUUGGAGCCGUUCAUUCUGGAGGACACGCCACAGCGUGCCGUUGUCACGUGACGAUACGCCCCAUUCCUGCUGGCAAGGCUUCAGAGCCAACCCUUUCUAUCUACAGAUAAACUCAGUGUUGGAAGUGUUACCCCUUUUAGAAGGAGACUUGCAUUCCUACCGUGAUCAUCUUACAAAAAGUCGAUUCAGAAGCAUUGGAGUGGCCUUUUCUGGCCUGAAUCACUUGGCCACCCUACACCUCCAUCAGCUGGGCACCGCUUUAGAUGCGCAUUUGAACCUAUUAAUUAACUCGUAACUAGCUUGCUUAAAAGUGAUGGAAAUACAAUAGACCUUCACAAGUGUAUAGAAAGACAGCAA